AUGUCUGUUACAAUGAGAGCCGCGCAAUACAACACUACACUCAACAAAGUUGAGAUCAAUGAGAUCCCAAUUCCCGAGCCUGGCGAGAAUGAUAUCCUGAUCAAGAAUGUUUGCGCGUCGCUAUGUCAUUCUGAUUUGAUGCUUUUUUGGGGACAUACAGCGGAGAAGCCCCCAAUGGAGAAAGUUACCAUCGGACAUGAGAAUACCGGUACUGUCGCUGCGAUGGGGAGAAAUGUUACAGGGUUCAAGAUCGGAGACCCGGUGGGAUGUCUUGGGUGCAGCUACGCUUGUUAUGAGUGUGAAGGAUGUCGUGUUCAUAAUCUUCAUUGUGUGGAAGGAACUGGCAGGUUGCACGGCUUUACAACACAUGGACACUUUGCACAAUACUCUCUAUCCGACUACAGGAAUUCCAUGGUUCUUCCAGCAGGAAUGGACCUUACUACUACCGCUCCUUUGUUCUGUGCGGGAAUAACAGCAUACCACUCGGUAAAAAAGUGCGGACUCCAAGAAGGAGACUGGAUCGCGAUCAUUGGAUGCGGAGGACUGGGCCACCUAGCAAUCCAAUAUGCCAAGGCAUUAAAAUUGCGAGUCAUCGGAAUUGAUAUUUCUGAUUCACAAUUGGAAUCUGCAAAGUCUCUCGGUGCAGACUUGACCUUCAACUCGUCCUCGACCCCGGGCUACGAAAAGGAGCUCUUGACUCACACCAGUGGAGGUGCACACGCUGCUGUUGUUCUGAGUGCCUCGAACGCUGCCUACCAGAGUGCUCCCAGCGUGCUGAGGAUAAAUGGCAUUCUAAUGGUUAUCGGCAUCCCUAGGGAGAACCUUUCAAUCAAUGCUCUCGACGUCCUCCUUGGAAAGUAUCGCAUCAUGGGUGCAAGCAGUGGUACACCACAGCAGAUGCGGGAGCCCAUUGAAUUCAGCUAUGAGCAUGGAAUCAAAGCGCACAUGACUACCUUCAACGACAUUGGGGACAUCCAAAAGAUUAUCGACUUGCUAGAAAACGGCAAGACCGCUGGUCGAUUUGGUAUAAUUUUCUAG